AUGGAAGAUCUUGACGAAAUUCAAAAGCUCGAAUACCUUUCAAUGGUAUCAAAAAUUACCAGUGAAAUAUUUAAUCAUACUGCUGAAUUUAUAAUUAAUUUACACGAACAAAAUCAAAUUCUACCAAAAUUUCAAAAGGCUUUGAAAGAUGCAGAUGCAGAUUUCCAAGAAUCUUUUAUUACCACUCUGGAUCCUGAAAAAUUCUAUCAGCUGCCUUAUAAUCGUACCUAG